AUGCUGCUAUUUUGCCCCAACUGCUGCAAUGUUCUCACGGUCUCGCCAGUUCCGCCCUUAGCUGGUAACUCGGACGACGACCCAGCUGCUGCCGCCGUAGGCCAAAACCGACUCGAGUGCAGGACAUGCCCAUACCAGUACCUCCUCACGAAGCGGUACUUUGAGCGCAAGACCUUCACCCGCACCGAGCGCGAGGAUGUGUUCGGUGGACCAGGCGCGUGGGACGAUGCACAGAAGGCCGAAGUACAGUGUCCUAGGGAAGGCUGCGAUUCCAACGAAGCCGCUUUCUUCCAGGUCCAGAUCAGAAGUGCGGAUGAGCCUAUGACGAGCUUUUACAAGUGCAUGACCUGCAAUAACAGAUGGAGAGAGAAUUAA